AUGAACUCAUCCGAAAUCCCGCCUGCCGGCCUUCACGACUCCUCCAACAUAGCUAUUUUGAACAAUAAAGAACCCGACCACGCCAUGACUCAGAUAAAGGAGCCAACGACACCAUCUUUGAAAAAGAACGCAACUUUCGACGCGGCCCCCUUCCCCCAGACUCCCGAGCGUACACCGCAUCAGUUGAUGCCUGAAGGCACUCCGUUGCUGUCACCCACGAACAUGGGUUCCGGGACCACUCCCUCAAAACGGCGAAGCACAGAUUUUUACAGCUUACUCAAGUCGCCGGAUGUCAAUCGAAACGACGUCGACCUUAAACGACGGUCGGUUGAGCUUAACAAGAUAGUUAACAAAUCUCCCGAGAGAUUGAACAACUAUGUUUUCCACGACACUCUGCUCAAGUCUCCAAAGCGUCAGCCGGGAAGCUCGCCGUUUCGCGUUCACAAAAAGAACGACAACGAAAUCAAAGAAAUAUCGGAAAACCUGAAAACGAGGCUCAACUAUGCCAAUGUGAAAAUCCAGCACGGAUGGUCAGCGAAGUCGAUAUCGGAGCUGGAGAAAAACCUUGAGGAGGAGAAGUCGCGAAAGAUGCUCACACCUCAGGACAGGAAACUACAGGACAAUUUCUGGAAGAUGAAGACCGACCAGCUUCCUACGUACAUCCAGCCGCCCUUGAACGCAGAGCACAGAACCACAGCCCCUACCAGCCCUAGCAGUCACGCUAUUCCUGUGCGCAGCAGAGCAUCAAAGCUGAAACUGGACGAACUGGCUAGCAAACAGGGAUCCGCCGAGUCUGCUCUGUACAAAGCUCUCUCGCCCGAACGACCAAAACUGACUAUCGACUCGCGGUCAAUGCUGCCUCCAACCAGCCACCAGCGUUCUGCCUCUGAUAGCAAACUCGAACAGGAAGCCAUCAUGUCUUUGAUAUCGCUAUCUUCGCCCGUCAAAUACUCUGGCUCGCAAUCUCCGUCGCCUCCUCGGCCUGCAGGGUUGCAGAAGCCGCCAGCCCUGUCAUUUGACAGAAGACGCAACGCGGGAAACGAGGACACCGACGAGGAAACGGAGCUCGAAGACGAGGACCAUGGGAAGACCCAUAUUUUCAAAUCUCCCCAACGGAACGGACUCAAGGGGCUUGGGCUCACGUCGAAGUCUGCGGCAGAUGACGACGACCGCACAGCGAGCGAUUACUCCGACUGA